CUCUUUACUUCCUUUGUUAUAUUAUGCUCAAGCCCCGUCUUACAUGUAAUGUAAAUAUGUAUACAUGUUUUUAAUAUAAUUUUAAAAUGUCAAAAUGUUUAAAUUUUUACUGCUUGGGUUUUUAUUGUUUGAUAAACGGAAAUGGAAUCAUUAAGAUUAAUCUUGUAUUUUAAACAAUGUCUAAAUUCGCAAUAAAUGAGAACGUGAUGUACGAUAGUAUUUACAUUAAAUUAUGUACAUAGUACGCAGUGUACACAUACAUUUAUUAAGUAAUUAGUCUCAUCUGAAUUAAAAUUCUAGAUAUCAACAAUCAACAUGGCGUGAAUAUUCCUUUAAGUUCGGUCCCGAAUUUCAUCACGUAAAAAUCCGUAAAAUAACGCCAAAUUCAAAAAUCCGCCGCCAACCAUUUGGUCGGACCAGAAAAUCCCCGAAACUUUAUUUAUCAACACAUUGUGAAUUACGCUACAUUGACGAUAGCUUAGAAUAUAUCUGUUUAUUUCAGGCGUAUAAUGGAGAUGGGUUCUCCCCACUCACUCAAUUUGAGGACGAGGAGACGAGGAUCUAAAAGAUCUGAGGACUCCCCCUCCACUAGAGAAGCUGUACGAACCCUACCUCUAGGUCCUAGGUCCAAUAAUAUUCAUACUCCGGGUCAUAAAACCAACCUAAACCAGACUCCGGGUAGAUCCAACAUGUUUACUCCGGGUCCAAGUUCUGCACAGUUCAAUACUCCAAGAUCUACACAGAGAAGUUGUGAGACUCCGGUGAGAGGUAACCUGACUCCGUCCUGCCAGGUUCAGCAGAGUGGUUCUCGGAGUAUCCUGGUCUCUCCGUCAACCCAACCCAACCAUGAAUCUAACUCCGGGAGGAAAUCGGAACACAAGAAGAAUCCAGGUUCUCCGGCCUCUGGGAGAAUACAUAAGGUUUUCCGUUCUCUUCCCUUCGCUCACAACUUCACCCUCAGGGAAAGGAUAGGAGAGGGAACCUUCAGCACAGUUUACCUCGCAACCAGGAAGAACCAGGAUAUCAAGAUAGCUCUGAAACACCUGGUUCCAACCAGUAAACCUGCCAGGAUCGUCAUGGAAACAGGUUGUAUGAGAGCUGCUGCCGGUCACACUAAUGUAAUCCAGCUCCUGGGUAUGUGGAGAGUAGACGGAGAUAUUGUUCUAGCAAUGCCAUACGUUAAUCACUCUAGGUUUUCUGAUCUAAUCUUCCAGAUGGACGUGGAGGAGAUACAGAACUAUAUAGGGAACCUUCUAGCUGCUAUUAGACAUAUUCAUAAACUUGGAAUCAUUCAUAGGGACAUCAAACCUAGUAAUUUCCUGUACGAUCGAACGGAGAGAAAAUAUGCACUCGUGGACUUUGGGCUUGCGCAGUAUCAAGUAGAUCUUAAUCCAGGCAGCAAGGACGAAGGACGAGGUCAUAAGAGGACAAGGACGAGUGAGGUUGAGGUUGGGAUAAACAAGAGGUUGCGGGGUAUGGAGGACGAGGCUGAGAAGAGAGGUGUACUAGAGGACGGAAUGAAUAAACUCAACCGAAGUCCUAGGGUCAGGAUUCUCAGAGAAUUCAAAACUAUCCGACGGAGUCCUCGAAAACUCCAGAGUCCGGAGGAUGAAGAACUAACUUCAGGUGCUCCCUGUACCCCUGCUACUCCUGGAACACCCGGAGAAUCUCCCAGGAAAAGAUUAAAACUCCAGACUACUCCGAAGAAGAUUGCUCCGUUGUUUGAGGAUACUCCGGUUCUUCGUCAAUCCCCCCGGAAGCAUGCUCUAACCCGACCCGGAUACUCUAAGCUAACCAUCACAGGAAACUCAAUCCUUGGAAGCUGUAUAACUCCGUCCUCAUCUCUAACCCGAACUCCUAGUUUCACCCUGAUAGAUCCAACCAGUCAUACAGCUGCCAGCCAACUUAGCCAGACCACAGAUACUCUUCAAGGUAGGACACCUCUGCUCCGUGCAUCUAUUACAUCUGCUUACAGUUCUGUUCCUGCUCUACCGAAACCGGAGCAAUCCCGAUCCCAGGUUCCAUGUUCUUGUGCAGGGAAACCUAAGGUUUGCUCCGGAUGCUUAUCUCUACCUCAGAUGCAUGCUCCUAGAGCAGGAACUCCGGGUUUCCGUCCUCCCGAGGUUCUUCUUAAACAUCCAAACCAAACUACGGCCAUAGAUAUAUGGGCGGUAGGAGUGAUCAUGAUCUCCAUACUUUCUCGUUCAUAUCCGUUCUUUCGGGCACCUGAUGACAUGACAGCUCUUGCCGAACUGUCAGUUAUAUUCGGGACCCAGAGAGUGAGAGAGCUUGCGAAGAAGUUUGGUCGGAGCCUACUCACUAGUGUGGAUUCUGAACCUCUAGAUCUAGGGAUACUCUGCCGGGAUCUCAGUUUACGGGAUCGGAGAGAUGAACCUGAGAAGGUUGAGAAAUCCCAUUUUGUGACGGACGAUGGAAUAUCUGUCCUAACCUCACUACUAGCUCUAGAUCAUAACGACAGAAUAACGGCGGAAUCAGCACUGGAACAUCCUUUCUUUAAGAACGCUAAUAUCAAUUGAAGAUCAUCUCUGCAAUAUAUAAAGACGAUAUUUCUACACCAUCAUUGUAGACCAUAGACCAAUCAAGAGAAAA